GCCUUUAAAGCAUUUUUCUAUCUUCAUUUCAGUACGUCAUUUUCUAUUAUUCUAUCUCUUCACACACUUUCACAAAUAUUGUUAUUACUCCAUUUUUUAAUUUUCUAUAUUUAAAUACAUAAAACAGUAUUGUGGAAUCUAUUCUCACAAUAUAAAAAUGGGGUAAUAUUUACCAUAAUCCUCUCUUUUAUUUGUAAAUUAAAUCUAAAAUUUCACUGCUAACCCUCCCUUUUCUGCGAAUCUCGGUCGCUCCUUUGGCUGUUCUGUCCAUGGCGAUUGCAGCGGCAGCUGUUAUCGUCCCAUUGGGCCUUCUUUUCUUCAUCUCCGGCCUCGCUGUGAAUCUCAUUCAGGCAGUAUGCUUUGUUCUUAUUCGACCACUGUCCAAGAACACAUAUAGAAAGAUCAAUAGGGUAUUGGCAGAGUUGUUGUGGCUGCAACUGGUUUGGCUGGUUGAUUGGUGGGCAGGCGUUAAGAUUGAAGUGUUCGCAGAUCAUGAAAGCUUCAAUUUAAUGGGUAAGGAACAUGCCCUUGUCAUAUGCAAUCACAGAAGUGAUAUUGAUUGGUUAGUUGGAUGGGUUUUAGCACAGAGGUCAGGUUGUCUUGGCAGUACAUUAGCUGUAAUGAAGAAAUCAUCAAAAUUCCUGCCGGUCAUAGGUUGGUCAAUGUGGUUUUCUGAGUAUCUGUUUUUGGAACGAAGCUGGGCCAAGGAUGAAAACACAUUAAAGGCAGGUCUUCAACGUUUAAAGGACUUCCCACGGCCAUUUUGGUUGGCACUUUUUGUAGAAGGAACUCGGUUUACACAAGCAAAGCUUCUAGCAGCUCAAGAAUAUGCAACCUCACAAGGAUUGCCUGUACCUAGAAAUGUUUUAAUUCCUCGUACUAAGGGUUUUGUUUCAGCCGUAAGUCAUAUGCGUUCAUUUGUUCCAGCCAUUUAUGAUAUGACAGUGGCCAUCCCUAAAAGCUCACCUUCACCUACAAUGCUUAGACUUUUCAAGGGACAAUCUUCUGUGGUGCAUGUGCAUGUCAAGCGGCGUCUUAUGAAGGAACUUCCUGAAACGGAUGAGGCUGUUGCACAAUGGUGUAAAGAUCUUUUUGUGGAGAAAGAUAAGUUGUUGGACAAGCAUAUAGCUGAGGACACUUUCAGUGACCAACCAUUGCAGGAUAUCGGUCGGCCUAUUAAAUCUCUUCUGGUUGUUGCUUCUUGGGCAUGUCUUGUGGCUUAUGGAGCUUAUAAUUUUCUGCAAUGGUCUUCACUUUUAUCAUCAUGGAAAGGGCUUGCAUUGUCAGCAGUUGGGUUGGCUAUUGUUACCAUACUUAUGCAAAUCAUGAUCCUCUUCUCACAGUCUGAGCGUUCAACUCCUGCUAAGGUUGCACCUGGGAAGCCCAAGAACAACAGUGAGAGUUCAGAGGCAAGACGAGACAAGCAGCAGUAGGUCGAGCUUGUCCUCACAGGAAAGUUGGUCUGCAGCCAUAUUUUCAUAACCCUAAAAUGUGUACUGUCUGUAUCACUUUCACUUAGCAAUCAGUAUGUUUUCGUUUUAGACAUACUAUCAGGUUCCAAUCCUAUCUGCAUGCCAUUUGGUCAUCAUCAAGGAUUCAAGUGGAACUAGCUUGUAUGCAUACUAUCAAUUCUUUGUUGUUGUUGUUUUUUUUUUUUUUUUUUUUGAUGGUAUAUGGCCGGGUUUGUUUGCCUCGACAGUGUUUCGAAGUUAAAAUGGCUACAGUGUAGGGGGCUUAGGCUACUGUUCUGUUCUGGAAAUUUCCUUUUUAUUUUCAUAGAAUGGUUUUUUAAA